AUGCACGUAGAGUACAGGGCGAAAACCCAAAAAUACUUGAGUACAUUAGAACUUAAUCCCAUUGGAAAAGACCCGUUAAAAGUGCCGUUAAUAUCUCCAAUAACACUGGAAAAGCAACUGGAAAUGGCCAGGAUUAUUGCAAAAAUGAUAGUCUAUAAUGUCUCGUCAGCACUGGUACUCGAGAACUUCCUCGAUGUUGAGAACUAUAGCUGUGAAUCGGGAUCAUAUAUAACCGAAAUCGCGAUCAAUAAAACCCUUAGCAAACCAUUUGCGUGCUAUGCGUACGCGGGGUUUACGAGCAAUGUUACCUUCGAUGCCUAUAAGGGUGACCUAUCGGUGCCCUUAUGGUCGCCACAACAUCAGGAAAUUUUUAGCACUAAUAACGGCAACUUUGAGUACAUGGAGUGCGGAGUGCUAUCUGGCGGUCCCUGCGAUGGCGACACCAUUUGGAACACCGGCUUAUGGAUGGCCACCGACCAGAGCGGGUGCGGCAGUAGUACCGGCCUUAAGGGCCUAAAGGGAUUGUACGCGCAGUUUGAGAUCGUGGGCAAAUGUGCGUCCAAAUGUACCUUGGUCAACGGGGAACUCACGGCCAGUACACCCAUAACCAACAACGGCUCGGCUGCUUAAUGGCAAUGACAAUGCUGUUAUUAUAUGACCAACACCCUGUUCAAAUUUCAAGUCUAUUGUAAACUUGAUUUUGAAAUUAUAAUUUAAAAUAAAUAUUCACUCAAA